CCGGAAGUAAAGAGUUGUGGGAAUUGUGGCGUCUGCCACGUUAAUCAUACUAUCGUACACUGACAACACAUCGUUUGAUGUGGAAGAUUGUUGGAGUUACGUUUCCACUUCCAACACAAACCCUUGCAGAUAAACUUUGUUCAUUUGGUGAUUAUUUAAGAUUUCAAAAUGCGAGUUAAGGAAAUUGACAGAACAGCCAAUCUGGCUUGGUCUCCUGAAACGCAAUAUCCAAUUUAUGUGGCUACUGGAACAGCUGCACAACAGCUGGAUGCAACAUUCAGCACCUCAUCUGCAAUUGAAAUUUAUGGCUUGAACCUUGAUGAGGCAACUCUUGACAUGCCAGUUGUGGCAUCUGUCCCCUCUGAAGUCAGAUUUCACAAAGUAAUGUGGGGCACCACGAAGGACACAGAAAGUGGCGUCAUCAUUGGCGGUGCAGAGAAUGGCAAUAUCAACAUCUACAAUGCAGACAAAAUGCUGGCAGGAGACCAAGAUUGCCUUAAUAUGCAACUCUCGCGGCAUACUGGAGCUGUAAAAGCUUUGGAUUUGAAUCCUUUUCAGCCAAAUUUACUGGCCUCUGGAGCUGGUGAUUCAGAGAUCUAUAUCUGGGAUCUUCAGAAAACUGAGAGCCCAAUGACUCCAGGGCAGAAAUCACAGCCACCAGAGGAGCUGGCUUGUGUUGCAUGGAACAGACAAGUACAGCACAUUCUUGGAUCAACAUUCGCCUCCCGAUGUGUUGUUUGGGAUCUGCGAAAAAACGAACCCAUCAUCAAAGUCAGUGACAGUAUGUCCAGGAUCAGAGCCAAACUGCUGGCCUGGCAUCCCGAGGUGGCCACUCAGCUGUGUCUGUCUUCGGAGGAUGACCACACGCCUGUCAUCCAGCUGUGGGAUCUGAGAUACGCCACCUCACCACUCAAGACCUUAGAGAACCAUCAGAAGGGUAUCCUGUCCGUGGCUUGGUGCCUCAAGGACCCUGAUCUUCUGCUUAGUUGUGGAAAAGACAGCAGGAUUCUGUGCUGGAAUCCCAACUCUAAUGUUCCCAAUGGAGAGGUUGUGUACGAGCUGUCCACCAACAACCAGUGGUGCUUCGACAUCCAGUGGUGCCCGCGCAACCCGUCCAUCAUCUCCAGCGCCUCGUUUGACGGACACAUCACCCUCUACUCCCUCAUGGGAGGGGGUCAUCCCAUACAGCCCAGCAACAAGGUUGCAGAGUCAUUUGGCAAUGCCCCGUUUGGAGCAGCCCCAGUCCAAGUCCCACAUGAGCAGGAGAAAGUUCUCCCCUUGCAGAAACCACCCAAGUGGAUAAGGAAGCCUGUUGGAGCAUCUUUUGCAUUUGGAGGCAAGUUGGUCACCUUUGGUGUGGAGAAACCGGCCAACCCCCAGCAGCCGACGCCGCGCAACGUGACGAUCAGCCAGGUGGUGACGGAGACGGAGCUGGUGGUCAGGUCGAACCAGCUGGAGCAGGCUCUGUCGGGCGGACAGUUCCCAGAGUUCUGUGCCAUGAAGGCCGCCAACUGCACCGACUCCAUGCAGGAGAAUAUCUGGAACUUCAUGAGGGUCAACUUUGAGAAAGAACCCAGGACUAAAUUCCUUCAGCUCUUAGGAUAUGACCAGAACGAGUUAGCCAGGAAAGUGGUUGAGCACACAGGUACCGAAGUAGCAGCAGCCUCCAGUCGAGGAGUAGAUGCUCAGGAACUGGCACAGAAAAUGUCUCUCUUGAACACAGGGAACAUAAUGAAAGCAGAGAGGCUUGCAGCCAGUGGCCAGGCAUCCCCAACUGUUGGGUCUAAGACCCCCGUGGACAGUAUUGAUGACCUCUCGGAUGGUUCUGCAGCCUUUGAUGAAAUUGCCGGCUCCCAGCAGAAAAUGUCUGGGACGGAGACGCCUCUGGUCAUACCUACUGAUAAUGCUGAUGGAUUAAUGACUCAAGCACUUCUGACUGGCAACUUUGAGGCUGCCGUGGAAAUGUGCCUCAGCGAAGACAAAAUGGCUGAAGCCAUUCUGCUGGCUAUUGCUGGAGGACCUGAGCUGCUCAUUAGAACACAGAAGAAAUACUUCAUGAAGAAUAAGUCCACCUUAGGCAGACUGAUUUCUUCUGUGGUCACCCACGACUGGGGCCACAUUGUGGAGACGUGUGACCUGGACAACUGGAAGGAGGCUUUAGCCGUUAUCUUGACCUAUGCACUUCCAGAGGAAUUCUCCCCUCUUUGUGAUGUUCUCGCGAACAGACUGGAGGCUGAGCGUAAUGGGGAGCUGUCUCUGUACGCCAGUCUGUGCUACAUCUGCUCGGGCAAUGUUGACAAACUGGUGGAGAACUGGGUGAAGAACACGGAGAAUGGAAACCAGCCUUUGGCCCUGCAGGAUCUUGUGGAGAAGGUGAUGGUCCUCCGUAAAGCUGUGGAGCUGUCAAGAGGGGCCGCUCCCAACGUGACAGGCGGGGCUUUGGCCGACAAGCUGAGUCAGUACGCCAGCCUUUUGGCCGCUCAGGGCAGCCUGGCCACCGCGUUGUCUUAUCUCGGAAACUCUACAGAUAUGGGCCUUGUCCUCCUACAAGACCGCCUGUGCCGGUCACUGGGUCCAAACGCCGCCCAGCAAGUGGUCAGUCCCUUCCAGCCGGUCAACGUGCUGCCCGAGGGUUCCCAACAAGCAGCACCAGCAGCUCGCAGCACAGCAGCCGCAGCCACAGGGGCGGGCCGGGGUCGUGUGGGAGGCUACCAGGCCACAGCGGGCAGAGACAAGUUCCAGACGACCACCACGUCCACCACCAACUACUACAACCAGAACCAGUACAACUACGCCCCCAUGGGCACGGCCACCAACACGCAGACCUCCACCUACAACCAGAUGCCUGUCACCUCCACCGCCCCCACCCCGUCGGCGCAUAAAGGUCUCUCUGGCCGGUACCCACACUACCCUUCGACCAUGUCCUCUGCCUACGGCGUGGACACCUACAACCCAGGCUCAGGGUACAUGCAGCCUGACUACAACCAAGGACAACAGCCUCAGCCAAACAUGUACAGCCCGCCCAGCUACAACACGCCAGUGUCGUCGUCCGCUGGCCAGUACCCCAACAUGUACAACCCAGUGAGCAGUGCAGCCCCUGUCUCCGCCCCCUACAACCCAGGCCAGGCCCCCUACACUCCCCCCACUCCGGCGUCCCAGCCCAUGCCUGCCUUCGGCUCGUACCAGGACAAGCCCGCUGAGACUGCGUGGAACGACCCUCCCAUCAUCAAAGAGAAACCAAAGCCUGCACAGCAACCAGGAGCUGACCCACCGGGGGCUCCGUCCUACCCAGGUCUAUACAACCCUGCCGAGCACCAGCCUGCUCCACAGCCUUUACCUUCCUAUAACGCGGGAGGCUAUGCUGGAUUCCACCAAAACCCUAUGCCCUCUUCACAGGCCCCUCCGCCAGCCCAGAUACAGGUAAUGUACACACACACACACACACACACACACACACACACACACACACACACACACACACACACACACACACACACACACUUGUUGGGCAGGCAGCACUCGACACAGCGAGGUCUCCUUAAAGUAUGUGGAGCCAGGGAAUUAUAUAUGACACCUGUCUUUUUGCUUGUGAAGAGCUGUCUGCAGAUGGCGCCCAAUGCUCAAAUGAAGCGAAAAUUGGAGGAUGUUACCCGAAAGCUGGAACUUCUGUAUGACAAGUUGAGAGAGAAUAUGCUGUCCCAGUCGGUGCUGAUGGGUCUCCACCAGAUCAUCCAGUCCGUCCAGCAGUACGACUACAACAGCGGCCUCAACGUCUACACCGGCAUGGUGGCUCAGGGAAACUUCUCCGAGAUCUCAAACUUUAUGCCAGCCAUCAAGGUCCUCCUGCAGUCUGCUGCUCAGAUGCAAGUGUACGUUCAGUAGACAGACCCAACUCAGGCCAGCUGUUUCGCUUAGGGUUUUUCUUGUAAAGUACACUAUGUUAGGUGUAUAUAUAUAUAUAUUUAAUUGAUUAUAUCUGCUGAGAUAUUUUUUUUGGUCUGAAUAUUCAUGUGAAAAAACAUUUUGUCAAAUGGUGUGUUUGAUGAGAGUAAUGGUUGUUGUGAAGCUUAAUUGUCAAUGUGAAAUUCCUGUUGUAGCUUCAAGAUACAUUUCCCUUCUGAAGCAGAGUUGCACAGUAUCUACUGACUAGCUCCUGGAGCGGAGUUGAGCUGUGUUUUACUCUCGGAAUGCGCACCUAACACUGCCGUGGUGUGCCUUUCUAUCAGAUUUAGGCAGAAUGUCCAGUUAGAUAUGAAUUAAUGUGAAGCUGUAAAGCAAAAGUAGAAUUGCUCUUCUUUCUUUGAUGAAAUAGGUGUGUAACAAAGGAAAACUGGAUUGUCACAACUAUGAUGGAAGAAAUACUUAACUUGCCCGUACAGUACCACAGAAAACUGACCCAUUGGAAGCAGUGGUUUUUGGGUUGUUGUUUUUUUUACAUUAUUCAAGUCUUUGACUAUGUUUUACAAGAGAUUCCAAAUAACUCGUGGGCCAAAAUUGGAAAAAUUGGGAGAAAUCGUUUGAAAUGCCCAAUACUAGAACUGACACCAUGGUAUAAGUCACUCAAGGGCAUUUCAUGAGAUAAAAUAUUAGAUUAUUUGCUUCCAGCUAUGAACUGGAAACUAUUGAUUUUAAUUUUCAAGACAGUUUUGUUUUUGUUAAUUUGAUCAUCAACACACCCCGUACCACAUUCAUUGUUGAUUACAGGGUCGACCAGGGGACAAACUGAAAUGGCUCAUAGGCCCUAGUUUGUCUUUUGCCUUAGAUGAUGACUGUUUGUUGUAGCCCACACUUGUUUCCAAGGCAUGAUACGAUUGAAACGAUAAGACUGUUGUAAAACUUUUAUGUGAGCAAAAGUGUGGACACGAGAAGUCUUAUGGUAAUUUUUGAAUCAAUCGUAUUCCUGUGCAUGAGUUAAUGUCAUCUAGUCUUUAAUCUAAAUAUAUUUUGUUUUGUUUUUGUGCCAACCAUGUGAAUAGAUUAAUGCAAGCCUGUGUAUGAUUGACUACUUUCAUAUAUGUUUUUGGCAGCAUAGCAUUUAUGUUUUACAGCGUAAAUUUUUACAGCAGUUGGGAAGAAAUACAAGUGUUAAUUCUCUAGUUUUUCUUUACACUUUUCUGUCUCUCAACAUGUUGAUUUUUGCUCCCUCGUGGUUGAUUCUUCUUUCUCUUCUUGUGAUUGCCUCUUUUUUCUCAUGAUUGCUUCUUCUCUCUCGUCUUUUGAUUGUCUUUUCUCUCGCAUGAUUGCUUCGUCUUUCUCGUCUCAUGAUUGCUUCUUCUCUUUCAUUGUCUCCCUCAUGAUUACUUUCUCUCUCUCACAUCUCCCUCUUGAUUCCUGGUAAUGUACACACAGAUGAGAAAAGAAGUGUCAAAUACUUUUUGUGCAUGUGCUGGUGUCUCAGUAAAGCUUGUUUGUGGCAUUAUUUAAUGUUGAAUGAUUUUGUUCUGUUACUGGAGUUUGUCUCCAUAGUUCUUUAUUGUAAAUAGUCAUGAUGUAGAUAUGAACCAUGUGGUUUAAUUAUUUCAGUAUUCUUGGUUUGUUUUGAAAGAUGUUCGUUUGUCAUGAAAUGAUUUUAGAAAAAUACUUUGAUUCAUUUGGUCUGUUGAUAUGGGUAUUCUUAUUGCGUUUGUGGAACGAACAAAGUCUUCACAUAAUUUCUUUAAAAAUUGCUGACAACUUAAAAUUUGAUUGCGUAGAGUUUUGUGUCCAUGAAGACUUCAAGGAAUCAGAAAAAGUACUUUUUUUUUGCUCAUCAGUAAACCUCACAGUUUAAAAAAAUUCUGCAACUUUCAUAAAAAGCAUGACAGGAGCAAGUCGAAAUGUGGCUUUUUCGCUGACAACUUCUCAAUGGCUUAUCAAGAGUGUUUUAGGGAAAGGGUUAUUUGCUUCCCAGGGGUUUAUGUUUGCAGUCAGCAGAUUAUGACAAGUUAAAGAAAAGACAAAGAUGUGACUUGCGCAGAAGAGAUGUGAAGAAAUUGUAAAUGCUGACCUCUACUCUUCUUACUCGUAUGGUCACUUCUCUUUGUUCACCUUUGAAAAGUGUGAUUAUGAUAAUGUGCUAGCUCCUUCUUUUCUUUAAAAUGAGAUUAUAUGGUGUUGUUUAUGAUUUUAAUUUUGGAUAAGGGAAUUUUUUUCGGUUGCAAGUUUGUUAUCCUUUUAUUUGAUUCAAUAUGAGUAACAUUUUGUAAUCGCAGUGUAAAGUUAUACACUCAGUCAUGGUUUGCUGAUACAGCAUCGUUACGAAAUAAAGGCCCAUCUGUUGAGCUUAUUGUGAUACUUAUCUUCUACUCAAGCACAAUCAUAUAGUUUUGUUUUAUUUUUUUCCUUUCCCUCUCCCCCUACCCCACAUUGUUGUAUUUUGCUUCAAUGAAAAAUUUAAUUUGGAAAAAUACAUUGUACAACAAACUGAAACUUAAACAGCAAUUACAGUCGGACGGUCCAAGACAAUGACAAAUGACUCACUCAUUCUCCUGUGAUUUGUUUUCAGAAGGAAACCAUGGUUUCAUCCUUAAAUUUGCGGCAAUAUGUCUUCUGUUUUAGCUUUUGUACAUAUUAUAUUUUAUGUUAUUGAUAAGUGUGACAAUAUUUUGUCGUAUGGGUAUGCUAGCUCUCAGUACUGUAAAGCGGAAGUGAGUUCUGUAUACAGUAGCUGUGCCAAUGAGCAGUUUGAAAAACUGUAUUAAAAUGUUUCGACACUGUUCUUGCCCUCAUAAUCUCAUGAAAUUUUGUUGAAGUCAUGUUCAGUGGGGAAAAAAGACAAGGGGGCUUGGAUUCUCUGGUCUCACCUCUGUUACAGCUUUGAGUAGCUUGAAGUGCAUGACUGAACUCACUGAAUGGUUUGUUUUGUUUGUUAUCGAUUUGUUUUGCUCUGACAGUGUGAAUGUCUGUGACUUGUGAUUCUACAAGUAGGGCCUACUACUUGUAGUACUGUAGGGAACAGGACUAGUCUGUGACCAGCUUGUUCUGACCCUCUCCGAGGACUCUACUGCUGCUGCUAAAUAGCGUACACGUAAAUGUUUCCAUUAUUAUGUUCCUCAUCACUGUGUUUGUUCUCUUUGUGCUUUCUAGUUGUACUCAAUCUAUGUAUUUUGUUGUUUUUUUGUGUGAGAAAGAGAAAGAAACCACAGGUGUUGUCACUCCUGAGUGCUGUGCGCGUUCGUUCACGUUAAAGUGUAGCUAGUUGUGCAACAAAGGUAAUCCUCUUACAUGUACUUCUUGUUUGUCUUUCACCAUUGAAUAAAACUAUACAGAUCAUCAUU